AUGGAUGCCAAGGACAUCGACCUGAGGUCACCUGAGAGCCGAACCAGCCGAGCAGGAGCUGAGAUAUUGAUGUGUGUGAUUACUUGUCUGAUCAAAUUAUUUAUCUUUAAUUUAUUUAAUAUGUUAACAAGUCAUGUGUCAGUCAGUUUUAGCAAUGCAAGUAAUAUUGUGGACAAUUUAGUGAUGGGAAUAGACAUCCAAUUGGAUGAAAGUGAAGAAGGAGUAGUCACCAUGGAACCAGAAAAUGAUACACAAAGUUCAGAAUUUCUUCUUCUGGACUCACACCUGCACACCCCUAUGUACUUCUUCCUCUCCAACCUGUCCUUUACUGACAUCUGUCUCACCUCCACCACCGUCCCAAAGAUGCUGGUGAACAUCCAGACACAGAGCAAGGUCAUCACCUAUGCAGGCUGCAUCACCCAGAUGUUCUUUUUCAUACUCUUUGGAGAGGUAGAUGACUUUCUCCUGACUGUGAUGGCCUAUGACAGGUAUGUGGCCAUCUGUCACCCUCUGCACUACACUGUCAUCAUGAACUCCUGGCUCUGUAGACAACUGGUUCUGGCUUCAUGGACCAUGAGUGCCCUGUAUGCAUUAUUACAUAGCCUAAUGGUGUUGUGGCUGUCCUUCUGUCCACAUGUGGAAAUCCCCCACUUCUACUGUGAUAUUAGUAUGCUGACCCACCUUGCCUGCUCUGACACCUUUCUUAAUGACAUGGUGAUCUAUUUUUCAUCUGUGCUGCUUGGUGGUGGUCCCCUCACUGGGGUCCUUUACUCUUACUCUAAGAUAGUUUCCUCCAUUCGUGCAAUCCCAUCAGCUCAGGGAAAGUACAAGGCAUUUUCCACCUGUGCCUCUCACCUCUCAGUUGUCUCUUUAUUUUAUUGUACAAUUCUUGGAGUGUAUCUUAGUGCUGGUGCUGCCCACAGCUCAUACUCAAGUGCAAGAGCCUCAGUGAUGUACAAUGUGGUCACUCCCAUGCUGAACCCCUUUAUUUACAGUCUGAGGAAUAAAGACAUAAAGAAGACCCUGAAAAGAUUAUUUUGGGGAAAGGUAUAA